GCGGCACCUCCCGCUCCUGCCCUUUCCGAGCACCCCGCUUCUUUCACCCGGCGUGCUGACGUGGCAUGGCGGAAACUGGGCAAUCGGAAUUGCAAAUGGUGGCCAAGUUCUUAGAAUGGGGCGCAGCCAUGGGUAUCACGGACGAUUGGCGUCAAGGAGCAGCCAUGGGUAUGAUGGACGAUUGGCGUCAAGGAGCGGCAUCAAGGCGCCUUCACCCAGAGCGCGAGGCGGGAGAUUGGUCAGCAAAUCGCAGGGCGGGAAAUCGAAAAGCGUACAGCAGUCCGUCUCCGGCUGACGUCGGGCAAAAAAAGUCCCUAGACAUCGUAGGGCGUGCUCAUGUGGAUACAGAGAGGCUGACGCACGAUGGCUCGAAGAUCGAGGGCGAGGGAGUGCCCCUCCGACGCCUCGCGAAGGAAGGCAAAAGAGAGCCAUGUGUCAGCCGCAUGCGUAAGGACAACGGAGAGCAGACCAAACAGAAAGAGGAGGAGGCACUUGCUGCUACCUCUGGUGAACGUCAGGAGCGCAAUCUUAGGAUUAGCUCUGUUACAGGGCCGUCCGGAUGGGUACCAGGAGCGGAAUCGGGGUCGGGAUCAGAGUUGGGAUCGGCGUCGCCAUCGGGAGCGGGAUCCGGGCCACUGCACCCACGCGGUCGUCGGAAAUCGUGCAUUGGUGUGAAGUUGCGGAUCCAGGAUUUCGGCGAAAGUGGAGGAGGGAGGGGAUUGGCAGCCGUGCGUAGCUUGAGACGCGGUGAGUUAAUUCUGCACGUUCCGGAGAGUGUGCUGCUCAGCUCUCGCACAGCGCAUCGAGAUUCCGUCGUGGGGCCUAUCCUUGCGUCAGCGGCCUCAAAAUUGUCUUCCCAUCAGGUACUCGUCAUUCAUUUACUUCAUGAAGUGUCAAAGGGAAAAUCCUCCACGUGGCAUAUCUAUUUGUCAUGUUUGCCUAGAGAACACCACGCUCUGAGGCAUUUUUCGCCGGCCGAGGCAGAGGCUCUGCAGGUAUCAUCUCGAACGCUCUAUGUGCCUUGGGAUGAGGCUGGUGCUCUCUGUCCGGUAGGGGACUUGUUCAAUUACGCACCCCCUACUGAGCAGUUGAGGGAUUGUGGGAGAGGAAGGGAGGAGACGGCGAUGGCGGAAGAGGACACGUGGUCAUCUAGGGAUCGACUGACAGAUGGAGGUUUUUCGGUUGAAAACAACGCUUAUCAAUUUUUCGCUCGAGAAGAUUACGCAGAAGGCGAGCAGGUGUAUCUUUGUUAUGGCGAGCAUGAGAACUUGGAUCUUCUUGAACACUAUGGCUUUUUGCUGGAACACAAUCCGAACGAUGCGGUUCGUGUCAACCUGACACAACAGAAGCGCGGUGAGGAAAGCGCAGUAGAUUCCUUGUUUCUGCAAUUACCACCAGGACACACAGAAGGGUUUUCGGAUGGGACAGGAAAAAUCUGCCUGACGAGUGAUGGCCUACCAUCCUUCUCUCUUUUGCGGGGGCUUCGGCUUGCGCAUGCAGGAAGAGCGUUGAGGAAAGAAAGGGGUCAUCUGGCGGCUUCGGGGUUACCCUUGACGCCGGAGAACGAAAGGGCGGUCUACACGUGGCUGAGGAAGAAAUGUGCCUCCUUAUUGGCAGGACUCCCGACCAGUCUCGCACGGGACAAGGCUCUGUGGGCACGGCACUGCAUGCACAGGGAACAGGAGGUGAGGCAGCAAAGCUGUGGCGACAUGCUGCCAGGCAUUACCGAGCAAUCUGUGAAAUCGUCAUCAAGGAUAGGAAGUGCUUCUACACAACAGGGUACUGGAUUUACAACCCAGUUGGAGCAAUUGCCAGGGGGGAAUAGGAUCAGCGGAUGGGAGAGCUGCGUGAUGGGCGACCAUCUUGCACCAUCUUCUGACAACAGACAUGACAUGUCUGCUGUUCCUAGCACAGUGUCAAUGUCUGAAAGUCGUCAAGAUGGCAGAACCUGUGGCAGUAAGGUUGACAAAUUUGGUGCCGUUGGCUGCGGCGAGGGCGCUGAGCCGUGCAAUCGACCGGAUUUUUGUAUGUGCCAGAUAGCGCGAGGGUGUGGCAUCAGCGUCUCUUCCAGUGCAUUGGGCAGCAGGGAGGAAGAAAUGAAUGCAGGAGGUGGAAGCUGUGAAGGAGGAUGUCCUGUCUCAGGUCGUCAAUCGGCAGGACCUGACAAGGCUAGCGUCGAUUGCAAUGCCCUUCCCGAUUGUUGCUCUGCCCCCCAAGAAAUGCAAGGGUGCAGUGAAGCACCCUCUUCAGAAGGGAAUGCGCAUGAGAAUGGAUAUGUUGGCGAUGGCAAAGGGUGUGUCAAAGACGACUGGAAGAGCGAAGCAUGCAGUCAUGCCAGCAGCUUUGCUGUUUGGAGUGUACGCGAAAGGCUUGCCUUACAGUGGCGAAUGGGCUACAAACGCAUCGUGCAUCGUGCUCUGGCGACGGUGGGUGAGCUGAUUCAGCGCUCACAGGAGCAGGCAGCGUUGGAAGGGGGUGGGCUCUCCUUGUCUGCAUGGGUCGCUUCCCGUUCACAAAUUUUGUUGGACAUCAUUUGGGAGAUAGAGGAGUUGGAGGAGAUGUUAGUUUCUGGGCUUCAUUCUUCUCUGGAUUGGCGCCAGGUGGAGGCCGACCUGGUAGUUUGCAAGGCCCAUCGGUCUUGUGAGAUGGACGCAGGGCGGCCGCUCAUGCUGGAUGGUGCUUCGCCUGUAACGUUUGCGGCGACUGAUCGGACUGUGCUGGCGGCUUGUACCUCCUUUCCCAUCAUGAAUGCCACCGACAUGUUCAGCUUUAACAAUCGGUCCAAUAACAACGACUUCAUCGAUAAUCACUACUGCUACAUCACGAACGUCGGCAGCAUCUCCACCAACUGCACUUGCUAUAACUACCACUACUUUACUUCCACCACUUCUCACACCGGCAUCGACUCGCCAGUGGAGGGCGCGGAGGCUGCCAGGCUGGCACGGGCGACACCCGUCCUUGUAGGGAUGUUGCUUGGUUGGCCGCGUACGGGGAUUGGUUGGUUGAUUGGGGUGGGGCUGAUUAGGGGUGACAGGUCGUCUGGGUGGCAGUUUUCUGCGUUCUGUUUGCUGCUUCUUUUAUUUUAAUUUUUUUACGUAUCUCCGUUGUUGAUUGUCGGUGACUUGCGUUACAAUGCCCGGCGGGCUUACUCCUACUGCUUUGGACAUGUCAUUUGUUUGACUACUGAGACCUGACACCUGGCCGGGCCUCCUCAUGCUAUCUGUUUCCAUUUGUGUUUCUUGAUAUGUGCUUCUCGAUAUAGUCGGCUCUAUGCGUCGUAGAUAGUAGGUUAAUGCAUCUACAACGAUCCCGGGGCCUACUUAUGUGCUUUCUUCAUAUUUCUGAUUUAAGACAGUAGGAUAUAAUUGCAGCGGGUUAAUCCUCCUCUGGUAUGGGGGAGUAAUCAAUGCCUCUGCAUCUA